UGUUCCGAGUCCGGACGACUCUCAGGCAAUGCUGGUCGUCUUCAGCACCCUAUUUCUAGCCGGACUCGAGGUCUCCGCCUCCCUCUCGGUUCCGGUGGAGAAGGACCCAUGCGCAGCGAUCGCGGGGCAGAAAUGGGUGUCGCCGGCCGAGGCACGCGCCUGCAUGUUCUCGUUCCCCGUAGACGAAGCAGUCAAAGCUAGCACGCUUGAUACCCUGAACAAGACCCUGGCUUUCCACACGUCGGUAAACUACCAGAUUCUUGCCCCAGCUCCGUUCCAGGAUGAAGUGCACGAAGACAUCGUGGCCGACCUCGCGCGGAUUGCUCAGACAUCCUACGACUCUGACUUCUCUCUCCACUUCGACGUCUACAGCUCAUUCAGGCGUCUCAACGAUGGACAUUGUGCUGUUCUGAACAUGUGCUACGACUCUCUCUAUGUCACUUAUCUUCCAACACCUCUCGUUCUUCUGACCUCUGCCGACGGUACACAGGCCGUUCACAUCGCGCCAGAGGCCUUCACCGUUGCGUCAGCCGAGUUUCCCGAUCAGAUCGAUUUCUGGCAACAGGCUCUUUCCAGUCCGUUCAAGGGACAGCUGGAGUCUCUUUCAGGUGCCGAAGUCUUGGAGAUAAACGGACAGGAUCCGUUUGUCGCCGUGAACAGCAGCGCGAGAGUGGUCGGUGGAUAUCAAGCCUUUGGCACCCGCCAAAAUCUUUUCUUCUCUAACUAUCAGAGGGUCGCAGGCGGCUGGUCGUACAACCUGGGCAAUUUUGCGACCCAUAUUCACCCUCUGACUGAUUCCGUCGAACUCACUAUCAGGCUUGUCAACAGCAGCUCCAUCGAGCAUGUCACGAUCCCUUACCGUUCUCGGUUCGGUUCUGCGUCCAGCAACUUUACUGACUCGAACUCUUACCGAGCAAACAACUGUGUCGCCAAGAAGAGCAGCAACGGGUACGACUUGUACGACCCCGCCGCCGUGUUGGAACAUUCUCUCGCGCCGCCGCUGCCCAUUCCAACUGUUCUCCAACAGCAGAAGAUGCGUGGGAAACGACACGCCGUCAACGAGAUGCUGGAUCUGGCUCCGCUCAUCAAUGCCGAUCUCCCGGAACAGAUGCUUCCGACGCCGGUGGCUCUCAAUGAAAGCUAUUCCGUGGCACAAUUCUAUCUCCUCGAGGACGAGCUCACCGGUGUGCUCGCUCUGGGAAGCUUCUCCGCGCCCAGUUUCGAGAAAUUCAUGGAGAGUCUCUUGCUGGGAUUACAGGCGCUCAAGGCGGGUGGCGCAGAGCGGCUGGUUGUCGACGUUUCGAACAAUGGCGGAGGGUAUAUCUGUAUUGCUCACGUGAGUUCACACUGGUGCAGGGGAAUGUUUCAACUGACGGAUUGGACAGUGGCUGCAUCGGAUUAUUGUCGGACCAAAGAACACCACCGAGCCGCAAGCCGGGCUAUACACAAGCAUCCGCGCACGUCCUUGGCCCAGCUGAUUGUGGAAGCCGUAAACAAAGGCGGCGAUCCGGAAUCACUACUCUCCUACAACCCGACCCACUGGCACAAUGCGACCCAUCUCCCGUUCUCUGUUGACUCGCACUGGCUCAGGCCGACGGUCAAUCUGACCAUCAACGGGCGCGAAGACACAUUCAGUCCCCGACUCGGCAAUGAAUGCCAGCCGUUCGAGAUGGCACCGCCCGAGGAAGCCCUCUUCGACCCAACUAAUGUGGUGAUCAUGUCAAACGGACGGUGCGGAAGCUCGUGUUCACUGUUCAGCAUCACAAUGGCAAAGCAUGAAGGCGUCAAAACCGUUGUUGUCGGUGGCCACCAAGAUGUGAGGCAACAAUAUUGCGGGGUCGUUGGCGGGCAGAGCACCAAUUACGUCGAAAUCGACAAGGAGAUCAAGGCGAGCAGUCUCUUACUUGGAGCAACUCUCUCUCUCUUUAUUGACGGCAUGACCAGUCUACCGGACUCAAGAAUCACACCCUCGCCCCUCCUGACUUGUAACGUGACAAACAGCUACAUGGGGAUCACUUGGAGAUUAGGCUUCGGCAUCGACGAUGAAACACAGCCUGAAGAGUGGCAGGACCAUCCAGCUGACUACAACCUCCCACUAACCUUGAAGACGGUCAACAAACCAUCUGAGUUGUGGAAAUAUGUUGCUCAAACAGUUUUCACGACGGAAACAGAAUUGGGUCCAGAGUCAGCUCAGUCACGCUUCUCGGUAUAAUGGAUGUAAUUGCUAUUUACGGAUGACAGGCGUACAUACUUAUACA